AGCGUGCGCGGCGGGCGCGGGGCGCGCGCAGGCUCCGCGAGCAAGCCGGGAGCCGCCUUCGUGCAUCGGCGUCCGCGGCGGGUGGCUGCUGAGCUGCCGUGGGGCGCGGCGCCGGGGGCGCAGAGCCAUGUCAGACCUGCUGCUUCUGGGCCUCAUUGGAGGCCUGACUCUGCUGCUGCUGCUGACGCUGCUGGCCUUUGCCGGGCACUCGGGGCUGCUGGCUGGGGUGGCGGUGAGCGCCGGCGCGCCCCCAAUCCGCAACGUCACGGUGGCCUACAAGUUCCACGUGGGACCCUACAGUGAGACAGGGCGGCUCUUCACGGAGAGCUACAGCGUCUGCCCCAGGCUGCGCUCCAUCGCCGUCUACUAUGACAACCCUCACCUGGUGCCCCCUGAGAAGCGCCGCUGCGCGGUGGGCAGCAUUCUGAGUGAAGGCGAGGAGUCACCCUGCCCUGAGCUCCUGCAGCUCUACCAGAAAUUCGGCUUCAAGGUGUUCUCCUUCCCGGCACCCAGCCACGUGGUGACAGCCAGCUUCCCCUACACCACCGCCCUGUCCAUCUGGCUGGCCGCCCGCCGGGUCAAUCCUGCCCUGGACGCCUACAUCAGGGAGCGGAAGCUGUGUGCCCACCCGCGGCUGGAGGUCUACCAGCAAGACCAGAUCCACUUCAUGUGCCCGCUGGCGCGGCAGGGAGACUUCUAUGUGCCUGAGGUGAAGGAGACGGAGCGGAGAAGCCGGGGGCCUGUGGAGGCCAGUGAUGGCCAAGCAGACGGAGCAGGAGCUGACAGGACCAGCGACAGGAGCUCUGGGAGCCUGGAGGUGGGCCCCGGCAGCCGGGGGACAUCAGCCGCCACGCCGUCCCCUGGGGCGAGCGGCCGUGGCUGGGACGACGGUGACGACCGCAGCGAGCACAGCUACAGCGAGUCCGGCGCCAGCGGCUCGUCCUUUGAGGAGCUGGACCUGGAGGGCGAGGGCCCCCCAGGGGAGCCAAGGCUCAGUCCUGAGGCCGAGCACCCAGGGACUCCCAAGUGGGCCCGGGAGCUCAGCACCCCUGAGAAGGGUGAGGAGUGACCCCCGGCCCAUGGCCCCCUCUGGUGCAGUCGCUGGGAACUGUUCGGACUCCUCAGCCCUCCUCCUCCUCCACCUUCCGGGCCCAGGCUGGGGUCAGGGGUCUCAGGGGACCUCACUUCGACCACCCGGCCUCUAGCCAAGCCCUCUCCUCGAUGCCCUCGGCUCCCAGGGCCAGAGGAGCAGGGACUGUUUUGUGCGCCCAGCCUGGGCCGCUGCCUCUGUUAGUCUCUUUUCAGAUUCACAUUGGAGCUUCCAGGACCCAGAAUAA